AUGUCCGACCCCGCCACCAUCAUCUCGUCCAAGCUCUCCAAGCUAAGGCCUUUCGCGAGGCGGACCCAUGAAGACGACGACGAGGACGUCGGCGAGCAGAUCGACUCGGGCACCGUGGCCGGAGGUGGACACAGCGCUCGGCGAACCAACAUCACCGAACAUCAGCUGCGUGUCAGCCAUGCGCUGAAGUCAUUUCUCGUCAAGCAGGAUGUUCUGACUGUGGCGGAUGCCGGCGUCGAUUCGGAUGCACCCACCCAGGCUUUGCAGGCCCUCCUGGAACGGCCACAUAUCAAUGUUCCAUCCUGGGUGACGGACAGAUCUCAUCCGCUACCCGAGUACUUCAUCAGUUCGAGCCACAACACCUACCUGCUGGCCCAUCAGCUAUUUGGCAAGUCCUCGGCCGAGGCUUACGAGAUUGCUCUGAAGACUGGGUCACGGUGUGUUGAGAUCGAUGCUUGGGAUGACGACGAUAACAAGGAAGAGCCCAAGGUGACGCAUGGGUACACCCUCGUGUCUCAUAUCCCAUUCCGCAUGGUUUGCGAGACGAUUCGCGAUGUCAUCGAUCAAGAGGCAACCCAGGCCGUUGAUCAACAGGGCUACAGAGCUGCGCCUAUUCUGCUCUCCCUGGAGAACCACUGCGAUGCUCACGGCCAGCUGCGUCUCGUGGAAAUCAUGAGAGAGGUCUGGGGAGAUCGCCUCCUCAGCAAAGCCGCCAGGGAAAAGGGCCACGACGAGCAACAGGGAAGUGAUGACCCCGUCCUCCUCGAGGAGCUUGCAUCCAAGAUCGUCGUCAUUGUCGAGUAUCACAUCCCGGGCGAGGUCGAUUCGGACUCCAGCAGCUCCAGCUCAAGCUCCGAGGAUGAAGAGGAGAAGCAAGCCCGGCACGACUACAAGGCCAGAAAGAAGGCAGCGCCUACCAUCAUCAUCCCCGAACUAGCCGAACUUGGCGUCUACGCCCAGUCCGUCAAGCCCAUCGACAACUCGUGGUUUGAAGAGGUCGCCAUGAAGAACGGUCCCCAUCACCACCUUAUCAACGUAUCCGAAGUCGGGCUCUCCGCCCAUCUACCCGGAGCCGCCGAGAAAAUCGCCCGCCACAACUCGACGCACCUCAUGCGCGUCUUCCCCAAGGGCACUCGCAUCUCGUCUAAGAACCUGAAGCCCGUGCCAUUUUGGUCCAUCGGCGCCCAGAUCUGCGCCCUCAACUGGCAGACCUUCGGCGGCAGCAUCCAACUCAAUGAGGCCCUCUUUAGCGGCACCGACGGAUUCGUCCUCAAACCCGCCGCCCUCCGCGCCGGCGGCAGCGGCUCCCUCGCCACGGGCCGCAAGAGGAAACUUCGUGUGCAUGUCGCGGGAGCGACGGACGUUCCGUUACCCGAGGACCGCGACCAAGGCGACAUCAAACCCUACGUCACUUGCACGCUGGUGCACCCGGCCGAUACGCUAGGCAAUGACGCUGGGCCGAAGCGCAAGACGGCGCCGUAUAAGAGGCACCAUACCUUGGGCGGGCUGUUGCACCGGGGGGAGAACCCGCCGACGACGGAUCCGCUUUGGGACGAGACGUUGGAGUGGGAGUACGAGGAUAACGAGAUGGUGUUUUUGAGGAUGUUGAUCAAGAGCGACGACAGUUUUGCGAGCAAUCCUAUUUUCGCUAUUGCGGCGGUCAGGGUGCUGUAUGUGGUGCCGGGGUGGAGCUUUAUUCGGAUGCUGGACUUGAAGGGAAAGGAGACUAGGUGUACGUUGCUCGUCAGAUUUGAGAUUGAGGAUGCGUGA